AUGACAUUCAAGGAUGUGGCUAUGGACUUCACUCGGGAGGAGUGGCGCCUCUUGGCCCCUCCCCAGAAGGAGCUGUACAAGGAAGUGAUGGAUGGUUCCUUGGGGCUUUUGGACUUGGACUUUGAGCUUUGGACCUUUGGACUGGAGUUUUUGGCUUCAGGACUUCUACUUUUGGCUUUGGAGCUUCUUGUAAUCUGGGACUUCCUUGUUGGGUUCACUGCUGCCUCGGUGAGCUUAGCUCAGGAGGGUUUUUCUGCAUUGGGACCUUGCCUGAAUCCUGCCAGACUAGCUAAAGGAGAGAUCAGACCUGAAAUGAAGGCGACUCCAACAGAAGUGAGCCUCUCUGUGGAAGAAAUUGGCCAACAAAUAUUCGUGACUGAUGGUCCCAAUAGCUUAGCUUGGAGGGAAUUUGGUAUUGAAUCUCAAAAUUCAUCCCUUAUUGAACAUCAAAGAAUGCACACUGAGGAAAAAUCUAGUGAAUGUAAUCAGUUUGGAAAGACUUUUAUGCAUCCAGCCAGUCUUGCUGUUAAACCAAGAAUCCACACUGGGGAGAACCCUUAUGAAUGUAAUCAGCGUGGAAAGACAUUCAAUCAUAGCUCCACACUUGCUCAUCAUCAGAGAAUCCACACUGAGGAGAAACCUUAUAAAUACAAUCAGUGUGGAAAGUCAUUCAGUCAGAGACCCAGUUUUGCUGUACACCAGAAAAUCCACACUGGCAAGAAACCUUAUGAAUGCAAUCAAUGUGGAAAGACAUUCAGGCGGGCCUCUCAUCUUGCUGCACACCAGAGAAUCCACACUGGGGAGAAACCUUAUGAAUGCAAUCAGUGUGGAAAGACAUUCAGGGAGAGCUCCAGUCUUGCUCAUCAUCAGAGAAUCCACACUAGGGAGAAACCUUAUGAAUGCAAUCAGUGUGGAAAGGCAUUCAGUCAGAGCUCCCAUCUUGCUGUACAUCAGAGAAUCCACACUGGGGAGAAACGUUAUGAAUGCAAUCAAUGUGGAAAGACAUUCAAUCAUAGCUCCAGUCUUGUUGCACAUCAUAGAAUCCACACUGGGGAGAAACCUUAUGAAUGCAAUCAGUGUGGAAAGAAAUUCAAUCAUAGCUCCAGUCUUGCUGCACAUCAGAGAAUCCACACUGGGGAGAAACCUUAUGAAUGCAAUCAGUGUGGAAAGGCAUUCAGGGAGUCCUCCAGUCUUGCUCAUCAUCAGAGAAUCCACACUGGGGAGAAACCUUAUGAAUGCAAUCAGUGUGGAAAGACAUUCAAUCAGAGCUCCCAUCUUGCUGUACAUCAGAGAAUCCACACUGGGGAGAAACCUUAUGAAUGCAAUCAGUGUGGAAAGACAUUCAGAGAGAGCUCCAGUCUUACUCAUCAUCAGAGAAUCCACACUGGGGAGAAACCUUAUGAAUGCAAUCAGUGUGGAAAGGCAUUUAGUCAGAGACCCAGUCUUGCUGUACAUCAGAAAAUUCAUACAGGGGAGAAACCUUAUGAAUGCAAUCAGUGUGGAAAGACAUUCAGGCAGAGCUCCAAUCUUGCUGUACAUCUGAGAAUCCACACUGGGGAGAAACCUUAUGAAUGCAAUCAGUGUGAAAAGGCAUUCAGUCGGAGCUCUAGUCUUGCUCAUCAUCAGAGAAUCCACACUUGGGAGAAACAUUAUAAAUGCAAUCAGUGUGGAAAGACAUUCAAUCAAAGCUCCAGUCUUGCUCAUCAUCAGAGAAUCCACACUGGGUAA